UUCAGUAUCUGUCGCUACACCCGGUGCUGUUCUUCAUCAAGUGGUGCUGAACUGGAGGUCGCUAGCAGCGCAGCAUAGCAGGAAGGAGCUGCCUAAAUCCAGAGCAGCCAUGGACAACGCCGGCAAGGAGCGUGAGGCAAUGCAGCUAAUGGCAGAUGCCGAGAAGAGGGUGAAGUCCUCGCAGUCCUUCCUUAGGGGUCUCUUUGGUGGGAACAAUAAAAUUGAAGAGGCCUGUGAAAUGUAUGUCAGAGCUGCAAACAUGUUCAAGAUGGCAAAAAACUGGAGUGCCGCAGGAAAUGCAUUUUGCCAAGCUGCAAGACUACAUAUGCAACUUCAGAGCAAACACGAUGCAGCCACAGGGUUUGUAGAUGCUGGCAAUGCAUAUAAAAAAGCAGAUCCGCAUGAGGCUAUCAACUGUUUAAAUGCAGCCAUCGAUAUUUACACAGAUAUGGGAAGGUUUACAAUUGCUGCAAAACAUCACAUUACAAUUGCAGAAAUUUAUGAGACGGAACUUGUAGACAUUGAGAAGGCAGUGGCACAUUAUGAGCAGUCAGCUGAUUAUUAUAAGGGAGAGGAAUCUAACAGUUCUGCUAAUAAAUGUCUGUUAAAAGUGGCUUCAUAUGCGGCACAGCUGGAGCAGUACCAGAAAGCAAUUGAAAUAUAUGAACAGAUUGGAACAAGUACAAUGGAUAAUCCUCUGCUCAAGUACAGUGCGAAAGAAUAUUUCUUCAAAGCGGCUCUUUGCCAUUUAAUUGUAGAUGAACUUAAUGCAAAGUUUGCUGUAGACAAAUAUGAAGAAAUGUUUCCUGCUUUCUCAGAUUCAAGAGAGUGCAAGCUAUUAAAGAAAUUGUUGGAAGCCCAUGAAGAACAGAAUAGUGAUGCAUACACUGAAGCUGUGAAAGAAUUUGAUUCAAUAUCACGGCUGGAUCAGUGGCUUACCACCAUGUUGCUUCGUAUAAAGAAAUCUAUACAUGGAGAUGGUGAUGGAGACCUGAAAUGAGAUGGUGAAUUUAAAAUAAAUAUGCAAGAUGCCGAAGACACAUAAUCUCACUCUUAUUUAUGUUUCAUUCGUUAGACAUUUGAUUUAUCCAACAUUUCCAGUAAUGUCAUUUAUAACAUGAAAAAUAUUACAGUACCUUAUGUACAUUCCAUUUUGUGGCCUGAUGAUGAUAAUAUGCAAUUAAUUAUACGCUAAAGGAUAUUAUACGCUAAAGGAUGUUUAAAAAUGUUUAAAUCUUUAUUAUUUCCCCCAUAUUUUGGUUAGCAGAUAGGUUACAAUGCUGGCAAUAGUGCGUUUUACAAAAAUAAAAAACACAGAUAAUCAUUUUAAACAAUUAAGAAUAAUUAAAGUAAUUUCAGAUUUAUUAUACAUUUUAAAAGAUAUCAGGAAUUUUCCAUUUUGGGGGGUCACAGGGGGAUUGUCCUUGUUUAAAACAAUAACAUUUUGCCAUAGUCUGAGAAAUGACAGCCCAAAUACUUUGUUAGUAGAGGGGCUUGAUACCCAAAUGUUGAAGCACUUAAAAGUAAAGCAUAGAAAUAUCACCUGAACAUCAAUAAGUAAAAGAUAUUUUACCUCAACAUUUUCAUCAGUAGCCACAUGCCAUAGUAAAGGGAUUUUAAACAGCUAAUCAGGAUGCUAGUCCUGGGACUUACAAGGGAGCAUGUGUGGGUGCAUUCAUGUUUACUGUGACACUUUGCGAGAUUUCAGUGAAAUCCCACAAAAUCACAGUAAAGAAAAAUUGGCACUGAUGAAUGUGAUUGGCUGUUUUCUUAUGCAGCUGACAACAGCUGAAGAAUAACUGUUCCCAAAGAACUUACUAUUGUAAGCUGAAGAAAUGUUGAGGUAAAUUAUCUUAAUUUUUUACACAAAGA